GAAGUCUCGUAUCGUCCUUAUCCAACGGGAUACGCGUCGCUACUGAAAAUACACCUGGUCACUUUUCGGCAGUAGGUGUGUACGUGGACGCAGGUUCAAGGUAUGAAACACCUCAGACCACCGGAGUAAGCCACAUUUUGGAUCGAAUGGCAUUUAAGGGUACAACGACUCACACAAGUGAACAAACUCAAGCUAUUUUAGAGUCGUUAGGUGGUAAUGUUAUGUGUGCCAGCGGUCGUGAAGCUAUAAUGUACCAAUCUGCCAUAUUUAGUCAGGAUUUAUCAAAGGUUAUAGCACUUUUUGCUGACGUGAUUCGCAAUCCGCUUAUCGACCCAGCUGAAGUUGCUGAACAACAACAAACAGCUCUUUAUGAAAUUCAGGAAAUUUGGCAAAAACCUGAAAUGAUUAUGCCAGAAUUGCUUCAUACGGUUGCUUACAAGAACAACACUUUGGGAAAUCCAAUGUUAUGCCCGGAAGAAAGAUUAAAUACAAUUACUCCUGAGCUUAUAAGAGAUUAUAUGUCAAUAUGGUAUCGUCCUGAGCGAAUAGUCAUAGCUGCCGUUGGAGCAAAACAUGAAGAUGUUGUAGAAUUAGUUAACAAGCAUUUUGCGGCAUCAUCAAUUCUUCAUCCAACGCAGCCUACAACAUCUACCAUUGCGGCACAAAAAGCUCAUUAUACAGGUGGUACGCUCUUACUCGACAAAUCACAGCCCCAUACUCAUCUUUAUAUAUCUUUUGAAGGACUUUCAAUUCAUGACCCUGAUAUAUAUGCUCUUGCUACACUCCAAAUGUUACUUGGUGGAGGAGGGUCGUUUUCAGCUGGUGGUCCAGGAAAAGGAAUGUAUACACGCUUGUUUACUAACGUUCUCAAUCAAUAUUCAUGGGUAGAAUCUUGUAUGUGUUUCAAUCAUUGUUACACCGAUUCAGGACUUUUUGGUAUUAUGGCAUCAUGUCGUCCUGAAUAUAACCGCGUCUUGGUAGAUGUAAUUGCCAAGCAAUUCGAAUCAGUGGCAAGUUAUGGACGUGGAGGAGUAACUCAAAUGGAACUUUCACGUGCAAAGAAUCAAUUAAAAAGUAGUUUACUAAUGAAUUUGGAAUCCAGGAUGGUUCAGUUAGAGGAUCUGGGCAGACAGGUUCAAGUUCAUGGUUAUAAAAUACCAGUGGAGGUGAUGUGCAAAAAGAUCGAUGAUGUUACAUUGGAAGACCUUGUGAGAGUUGCAAGGAAAAUUGUUAGAGGUCAUGUAGUCAACGAAGGGAAGGGCACCGGACAAGUGACGGUAGUUGCACAAGGAAAUUUGAAUGGAUUACCGGAUGUAGUUAAAAUUUGUGAACGUUAUGGUCUAGGUAAACAUAGCAGUUCGAAAUGGCUGUGA